CGUGUUUCUCACUCUGCCUUGACUCUGGCUGUGAUGUUAGCCUGUUUUCUUGGACACUCCUAGCUGUUAACCCCCUGCUUUGGUUAUUGCCACCAGCCGCGUCAGGAAACCAUGGCCGAGCAGGCCUCGGGAUCCCCCCGGUCGUCCCAACAUGACGGGGUUCUCAAGCAGCGAGUGGCAGCUUUGGAGCAGGAGAGGGAGGAGUUCAUCAAACUCAAGCAGCAGCUGGAGGCCGAGUUCAACCAGAAACGAGCCAAGUUCAAAGAGCUCUACCUGUCCAAGGAAGAGGAGCUGAAGAGGCAGGCGGCGUCGCUGGAGGGCGCCCAGGCUGAGCUGAGCUCCGUCCAGGCCCAGCUGGCUCAGGCCCGGGCCGAGAUGGAGAACAUCAAAGCGGUGGCCACCGUGUCGGAAAGCACCAAGCAGGAAGCCAUCGACCAGGUCCGCAGCCAGUGGCAGGAAGAGGUGGCCUCGCUGCAGGCCAUCAUGAAAGACACCGUCUGUGAGUACGAGGCCCAGUUCCACCAGCGGCUGGAGCAGGAGCGGACCCAGUGGAACCAGUACCGCGAGGCAGUAGAGAGAGAACUGGCCGACUUGAGACGCCGCCUCACUGAGGGCCAGGAGGAGGAGAACCUGGAGGACGAAAUGAAGAAAGCCCAGGAGGAUGCAGAGAAGCUGCGCUCUGUGGUGAUGCCCAUGGAGCAGGAAAUAGCAGCGCUGAAGGCCAAGCUCACCACAGCCGAGGAGAGGGUGAAGGAACUGGAGGCCUCCAAGGUGAAGGAGCUCAACCACGUUCUUGAGGCUGAGAAGUCGUGUCGCACCGACCUGGAGAUGUAUGUGGCCGUGUUGAACACUCAGAAGUCUGUCCUGCAGGAGGAUGCAGAGAAACUACGGAAAGAGCUUCAUGAAGUGUGUCAUAAGCUGGAGCUGGAGCGGCAGCAGCACAACCAGCUGAAGCACACAUGGCAGAGAGCCAAUGACCAGUUCCUGGAGUCUCAACGCCUUCUGAUGAGGGACAUGCAGAGGAUAGAGAGCGUGCUGUCUUCGGAACAGCUCCGCCAGGUGGAGGAGAUGAAGAAGAAGGACCAGGAGGAAGAUGAGAAACAGAGACUGAGCCAAGUCAAGGAGAUACAAGACGAGGACGGGGGAGAUCACACUGAACCUUCAGAGGACUUAUUCCUGGGGCUGAGCGUUGAGGAGCCCCAUACCAACCACAGUGCCCACGGCUCUAUACACUCCUUAGACACCGAGGUGGUGGCAGGUGCACACAUGGACCCCUACAAGGAAAACUUGCGGCGAGUCCAGUCGACGGACAGCCUCGGCUCCUCUCUGUCGGCCCAGCAGGGCUUGGGAGGCCACAACCACAAAGCCAAGUCGGCCAGCCACUUGGAUGAGUCGGACUUUGGGCCCUUGGUGGGCGCUGACUGCGGGGUGACUGAGGGGAAUUUUGGUGAAACAGCCUCGGUCAGCUCCAUCAAGCUAACGGCCAGCCACUUCCUGCUGACUAAAGACCAGGAGAAGGCCAUCAAGGCCAUGACGCCAGAGCAGGAGGAGACGGCGUCACUGCUGUCCAGCAUCUCCCACGCCCCUGACACCGCCUACUUACCGCCCUCUGGCUACCGGCUGGUCAGCGACAGUGAAUGGAACCUGCUGCAGCAAGAGGUGAAAAAUGCCGGUCGGAAGCUUGGCCGGCGUUGCGACAUGUGCUCCAACUACGAGAAGCAGCUGCAGGUCAUCCAAGGACAGGAGGCUGAGACACGGGAUCAGGUGAAGAAGCUUCAGGUGAUGCUGCGACAGGCCAACGAUCAGCUGGAGAGGACGAUGUCUGAGAAGCAGGAGUUGGAGGAUUCAGUCAAAUCGGGCAACGAGGAAGUCACGGCUAAGGUGUCAGCCCUGGUGCAGAGAGUCCAGGAGUCAGAAACACUACUGAGCACACUACAGCAAGGGUUCAGUCAAGCUAAGAGGAACACACAGGAACAGAUGGCGGUGCUGAUGCAGUCAAGGGAGCAGGUGGCAGACGAACUAAGCCGACUACAGAGAGACAACGAGAGCCUGCAGGGAAAACACAGGCUUCACCUAGAAUUACAGCAGCAAGAGGAUUUUCAGAUGCCCAACACUGUGCAAGAGCUGCAAGGCCUGGUGCUGCAGCUGCGAGAGGACAUGGUGGCGGUGCGGACGGCGGCCGAUCACCUGGAGGAGAAACUGAAAGCCGAGAUCUUGUUUCUGAAGGAGCAGAUCCAGGCGGAGCAGUGUCUGAAGGAAAACCUGGAGGACACGCUGCAGCUGGAGAUCGAGGGCUGCAAGGAGGAGAUAGACAUCUUGGAAGCGUCUUUCUCCAGUCUGAAGACGGAGCUGGAGCGAGUGAAGGCUGAGAAGGAGCAGUUGCAGAACAGUCUAUCAGAGAAGAGUGAAACACUGGAGACCAUCCAGGGCCUGAAGACCAACCUGGAGCAGCAGCUUAAGGAGCUGAGCUCCACCAAGAGUGCACUAGAGAGUCAGGUGCUGGAUGAGAGAGACAAAGCCCAGCGGCUGCAGACAGAGCUGGAUGUCAGUGAGCAGGUUCAGAAGGACUUUGUCAAGCUUUCUCAGACCCUACAGGUACAGUUGGAGCGAAUAAGGCAGGCAGACUCCUUGGAUCGCAUCAGAGUCAUCCUCAAUGACACCAACUUGACUGACAUCAACCAGCUUCCAGAGACAUGAUACCAUUUCGAAGCUGCUCUCAGUUUCAUUCUCCCCUUUCUAUAUCACUGGCCCAAUAACAUUAUCUGACCCUUCCAAGCCCCUGCUCCCUGUAACCACCAUGGAAGUGUUAGGAGGGAAAAGGACAGUGUGACUUGAGGAGAACAUGGCCUUUUCUGUACAUUAAGACUCUUGAACACACCAUGGAUAGAAUAAUGAAGAAGAACACUACUAAGAAAAUUGUACAUAAUGGCUGUCUGUGACAGAGGAGUGGACGUCCAUCUUCCUGUGUGUGUUUCUCUUGUUUCUACUGUAGAUAUGACUGUCUGUAUUAGCUCAACCAAAAAAGGAGUUUGUUGUCUUCUAAAGCACUUUCCAUCUUCAACUUCUCUUUCCAGGUAAAUAGAAAACAAUUGGAUGCAUAAGUUUUCUUCUUUUUUUUCUCAAAGCGGUUGAUAAUCGCUCUCUUGUUCUACUCUUUUGUUUCUUUCUGUGUUUUUCUUUUGCUUGAGCUGUUUUUCUGUGACAUUUUCGUACUUGUUUUGGUCAUUUCAUCCUGUGAGGCAUAUGACAAAGACUUGAUGAAGGAAAUUCAUGGAAAAUAUUUGCACAUAACCUACUGGGAUAAAAAAAAGGAACAUAACACAUUGCGAGCAAUACCCUCCAUUUCUUAAGCAUCCUUUACUGUAUCCUACUUUAUCUUUGUUCUUAGCUUCUGACAGGAACCUUUUUGAAAACUGCAAAAAUAUAUGGAGGAAACAUUAUCUCUGUUUAAAGUUGCGUUUUUUAUUUUUCAAGUUCAUACUUUUCUGUUGGUUGUCAAGGAUCCUAUUGAAACACACUAGUUAACCCAGGUCAAGUCAGGACUGUACCACUGCUAAAGAAGUGGCCGGGCAAGGUGAACCAACGGACAGUCUUAGCAUGUAACUGUAAAUUGAAUAUAAUGGAUAAUUGAAGUAAUACUUGAGUCUUGUCAUUCUGCCCUGUGUUUUUUUUUUUUUUUCUUUUCUUGGCAAUCAGGCCUUUUUUAAAUGUAAUACUACUUCUCUAAAAUUAUGAUUGGCAACUAAUUCCAAGACUGGCACUACCACAGCACUCACACUGGUUGUUCAUUGAAUCUGCUUCAAUAAAGUAAAAGGUGCUGUCGGCUUUACAGCAGGCAAAACACUCAAGCUUUUCUCGUUUUGGGCUGUUUGAUUAAACAAUAACAUGAUUCUUUAUUGAUCCCCAUAGGGGCAUUCACCUACGUCUUGCUGCUUGACACAAGGAUGGUCAGAUGCAGAGCAGCUCCCCAAAGCUCGUAAGAAUUCAGUCUUGCUCAAUGACACUUCGGCAGGGCAGAUGAUUGCUUUGGUCAUCCUGCUGAAUGAGUCUUUUUCAGUGGGCAGACACAGUUUAAGGACAGUUGGAAUAGUUUUCAUACCUGUAGCAAGGCUGAGGUUUGAAGUUGCUCCUUCACCACAGCAAGACAUUCCCCUGACUGCGAAGCUGCUGAUCCUCCUAAGGGACGGAUUUCUUUGGGGAAACCUUACAACAACCUCACCCAUGCAGACUUGCUACUACAACACAGACAGGUUGCAUCUCCAUUGACUUUACUCACAUGGUGAAAGGAAAUAAAGCCCAGUACAGUACGGUUCACCAAAUCUCUGACUAGAGUGGAAGAAAUAUCUGUAUGUAUGUCCGUCCUUUGAUUUUUGCAACAAGUGUCCAUCCGAUUGAUUUGACACUCGGCGGGUGUGUUGCCGAGGACCCGAGGGAGUGCAGUAAAGUUGUUUGGAUGUGCGGUUCUCCAGAAAGCUGCAAACAGCAAUACUGGAAACCCAUUCUGGCACCUUUUGAACUGGGACACUGCAUUGGUGCUGACAAAUUGUGAAUAACUAACGUCAUGCUGCUGCCAUGCUAUUGACUUGGAACCAUAGAACAGUCAAAAACUAGAAUUUCAGACUUAGGAGCCUGGUACCAGGGCAUCGAAGGCUUCAAAAACACAUACCAGAAGGGACUGACUGCCAUUCAAGUUAGUGCAGAUUAAUGUAGUGUCAAACAUUUUGAAUCAGUGAAGUCAAUGCACAUGCGGUAUGACUGAGGUUUGACUUGGAAAGGUAAAAACGACAGACACUAAUAGUUAGUCUUUCCUGCACCAAAAAAAAAAAAUCCAUGUCCUUUAUUUACCCUUAUUU